GGGAAGGUUCCUACGGCUGAGGCCGAGCUCCUAAUCAUGGGUUCUUUCGUUUCCCAGCCACUUGAGCCAGUCAAGGACGUUGCGCCUCCUGAGGUCGCCUCCUUCGCCAACCCCGCGCCCGUCAUUGCACCCGGAGCGCCGACCUCUCCAGCAGAAGCCCCUCUAUUUAACAACUGCUGGAGCUGUCGCGUGCUCUCCGGGUCCGGGCUGAUAGGGGCGGGCGGGUACGUGUACUGGGUGGCACGGAAGCCCAUGAAGCUGGGAUACCCCCCGGGUCCAGGGACUAUUGCGCAGAUGGUCUUCGGCAUCAGCAUUGCUUGCUGGGGUGUAGUCAUCCUGUCAGACCCCAAAGGGAAGGCCUUCCGCGCUGGCUGAAGUACCACCAUUGAAUUUGUCAUCUCUCGGCGUCCCCGUGACACACAGAGCAAGCAUGGGGCGUAUGCAUGUUCUGGACAGACGCAUGGACAUUGACAGACU